GCGGCGGCGGCGGCGACGUGGGGGGCAUGGCAGAGGCACAGCCCCGGCUGGCGGGGGUGCAGCUCAGUGCGCUGCCCGACCAUUCGCCGCUGCUGCAGCCCAGCCUGGCCGACCUGAGGCUGCGGGUGUCCCGGGCCCCGUCCCAGCCGGUGCCUCCCACACUCUCCGACUCCUUCCUGCUGCGGUUCCUGCGCGCUCGGGACUUCGACCUGGACCUGGCCUGGCGGUUAUUAAAAAACUAUUACAAAUGGAGAUCAGAAUGCCCAGAAAUAAGUGCAGAUCUACACCCCGGGUAUAUUCUUGGCCUUCUAAAGGCAGGCUAUCAUGGAGUUUUACGAGACAGAGAUCCCACUGGCAGCAGAGUCCUCAUUUAUAGAAUCGCACAAUGGGAUUCAAAAGUUUUCACAGCUUAUGAUGUAUUUCGUGUAAGUCUAAUCACGUCCGAGCUUAUUGUACGGGAAGUAGAGACACAGAGGAAUGGUAUCAAGGCUAUAUUUGACUUGGAAGGCUGGCAGUUUUCUCACGCUCUGCAAAUUACCCCGUCUGUAGCCAAGAAGAUCGCGGCAGUUCUUACAGACUCCUUCCCAUUAAAAGUCCGUGGUAUCCAUUUGAUAAAUGAGCCUAUAAUUUUCCAUGCUGUCUUUUCCAUGAUCAAACCAUUCCUGACUGAAAAAAUUAAGGACCGGAUUCACAUGCAUGGGAGCAAUUACAAGCAAAGCUUACUUCAGCACUUCCCAGACAUUCUUCCUCUGGAAUAUGGUGGUGAAGAGUUCUCCAUAGAGGACAUUUGUCAAGAGUGGACAAAUUUUAUAAUGAAGUCUGAAAAUUAUCUCAGCACUAUUUCACAAGUCAUUCAGUGACAGGUUAUUUAAAAUGAAUGACAUUCUCAUAAAAAAUGCAAUAGUGAUUUCUUCCUGGUUACUUGAAUUAAAGAAAAAUGACCUUUUAGAUAGA